AAAUGCUCACAAAAGCACAAAACACUUGAAUUCUUGAAAUAAAUCUGUGUGAAUCUCCAAAAAGGGGAAAGAAAAAAAAAGCCUGUUUUACGUAAGUGAGAUAUGUGAAAUGGGAGGAGUCACAUGAGUAUGAGAUGAGUGACGGGAAGGAGAGAGUGGAAUCCAGGAGCAGCGGAGGCGGGACAUGGCAUCAGAAAUUGACGCACUUAUUAUUUUAUCGACGCCAGAGCAAGAGGAUCCAUAAUCCCCUCACUCUAUCGCCCUCUUCCACCACCGAUUUUGUCCCUGACUGGGUCUCCGUUGCCUCCCCCAUAUCUGCAUCUUUCAUGGGCCUUUUCCUGUCUCUUCUUCCAUUCCUUCCUCCAUGGCUCCCUCCAACUCCGUCCCUUUCCUCUUGAUCCUUUACCGUUUACCCAUCACCGGCCUUCAUCUUCUCCUCAUCUUCCUCCAUUCCCUCUUAUAACUCUUACCCUCCCUUUCUUCCCCCCCCCCUCUCCUUUUACUCAUUCCAUCUUCCUUUCCUCUUCCACUCCUUCCCCAAAAUCAUACAUCUCCUCCGAUUCCGAGUUACCGCAGGAAAAAGGAAGGAUUUGAAUGGCAUCAGUGUUCCUUUACCACGUGGUGGGGGAUCUGACUGUGGGAAAGCCGGAGCUGGGGGAAUUCCAUGAGACGGAGACCGUGGAGUCGGCAAUUCGGGCGAUAGGAGAUUCGCCAGAGGGCAGUAUACCCGUCUGGAAAAAGCGAUUACACUUGGCUAUGAUCGAGAAUAGUGAAAUGAAGCAGCAGAGAUUUGUCGGCAUCCUCAAUUCCUUAGAUAUAGUUGCAUUCCUCGCAAAGAGCCAGUGUUUCGAGGAUCGGGAUAAGGCCCUGAACACCCCUGUUUCUGAGGUUGUUGUUCCGAACAGUUCUCUCCUGAGGCUGGUUGACCCCGCAACCAGGUUGAUAGAUGCGCUGGAUAUGAUGAAGCAAGGGGUAAGACGUCUGCUUGUUCCAAAGAGUAUAGCAUGGAAAGGCAUGAGCAAGCGAUUCUCAAUUCUCUACAAUGGCAAGUGGCUCAAAAAUAUUGAAACUCCUAACAGUAGCAGCAACAAUUUACCUGCAAACAAGAAUUGGGGUUCCUCAUCUCCCAAUAGUUCUAUUCGUGACAAAUUCUGCUGUCUCUCUAGAGAAGAUGUCCUCCGCUUUAUCAUUGGUUGCCUUGGAGCUCUGGCCCCACUUCCUCUCACCUCUAUAGCUGCUCUUGGAGCGGUUAAUGCAAACUACAAUUUUAUUGAAUCCUCAAGUCCAGCAAUUGACGUAACUCGAAAGCUUCCUGAAGACCCAAGUGCUGUUGCGGUGAUAGAAACCACACCAGGCAGUCAGCAUAAAAUCAUUGGAGAGAUUUCUGCAUGUAAAUUAUGGAAAUGUGAUUACUUAGCCGCAGCUUGGGCUCUAUCCAAUCUCUCUGCUGAGCAGUUUGUUAUGGGAGUUGAGGACAAUGUUUCACCAAGGUCAAUGCCUGAGUUGUGUGUAAAUUCAACAGCUGGUGAUGAUAAUCUAGUUAAUGGUAGUAGUUCAAGGAGCCCAAGGAAAUUCAGUAGCAGGAAUAUUGGGUUUUUUAAUAAUCCUGCAAACUCUUGCGCUGGUGCCAACAGGAGCAUGUAUAGGGGACGAAGUGCCCCUUUGACGUGCAAAAUUACUAGUUCACUGGCUGCUGUCAUGGCUCAGAUGCUAUCUCACAGGGCUACUCAUGUGUGGGUGACCGAGGAUGAGGACGACGAUGUUUUAGUUGGCGUGGUUGGUUAUGCUGAUAUUUUGGCUGCUGUGACCAAAUCACCUACAGCUUUCAUUGUUUCCAAUAGAUGAGCUGAGGGGCCCGGAAAUGAAAUUCAGACACCCAGUUGACUGUUUUGUUCUUUGUUAAUUUUCUGUCUCUCUGCUUUUAGCUUUUCUGGGAGUCGAUGUCUUCUGCUUGGUUUGUUUGAAUCCUCCUGCAACUGGGCUUCCUGUUUGUUUGCCUCCUUCUUUAUGUUCGAAUCAAUCAAAUAUCAUCAUCUUCAUUUUCGUAAACACAUAUUUUUGUAGUCCGGAAAUAAAUAAAAGAUGGGAUUUAAGGACAUGUUUCCGUUAGACCCUAGAUUGACGAGGAAUUUCUGAAGCUGUGUAUUAGUGUUGCCAUUAGGUGAAUAUUCCUGCAUCAGGAAAAAGAAUGAAGAUUUGAAACAUGUUAGUUUCUCGAA